UCCUCAUCAUCAUCAUCAUCAUUAUCAUCACCAUCAUCACCGUCGUCAUCAUCAUCACCAUCAUCACCUUCAUCACAGAAACUGUAUUAAAAAGUCUCCUUUCACAGAGGUCAUGUGCACGGAAGAGUAUCAGGGCACGAGAUAAAAAAUGAGAGGAGGAAGAUGUUUUUUAAGAAGAUGUUUUUUAAAUUUUUCAUUUCUAUUAAUUAUUGAUUGAAAUUGAAGAUUGGUGCAGCAGCUCAGUGACGUGACGCCGUCAGAUAGGAAACCGGAAGCUCAGGGGUUAAACUGUGUGUGGGUGUGUGAGGGGAAGCUCGCAACUACACACACACGCACACUCACACACCUUUUUGUGAAUGAGAUUUCAGCACAGGGUGCAGCAACAAGCCCCUCCCCCGCCGCUGCGGGAAAAACCUCACGAUCAGAACGAGCCCCCCCCCCAGCCCCUCUUCACGAGCCGGAGGAUGAGUAAUCCAGGAGGGAGGGCGGGGGAGGGGUGUCAGAGGAGUGGAGGAGAGGGCGGAAUCCAACGCAGCAUCAGCAUCAUCCUCCUCCUCCUCCUCCUCAUCAUCAGUGAUCGUGCAGAGCGAGAGGAUGAAGAUUCAGAACGCUCCGGCUCCAGCGGAGCUCCGUCGGUCCGGAGGAGACUAAGUCCUGGAGGAUCGUCUGGGUCACUGGGACCUGGUCACUGCAUGUGGACCGUAACUGGCUAAUGGCUGCAGGAGCUGGUGUCACUGGUGGGACCAGUCUAAUUCCUGACUCGGUGCCUCCUCUCUCAGAGCCUGGGGUCUGACUAAGACCUGGAACCACUGACCCACAACAGGACCUGGACGUUUUCUGACUCAGCAGUGGGACCAGGUUAAUCUCUGGAUCAGCGUGUCUGGCAUGUUCUGCUUCUGCCUGCAGAGUUCCCUGCUGAAGCUCCAGGCGCUGGAGGGGGAGGGGGGCACCUCGCUGGGUCCGUCCCCAGAGGAGAGCCCCCCUGCCCUGGGCAGCAAGGAGCAGAAGAGCCCCCGCAGCCCCGUGGAGCUCGGAGGGAAGGAGGAGAAGACACAGGCUGUGUGCCACCGUGAGGACAGACAGACAGAGCUGCUGACGCUCCGGACCAAACCCCCCCAGUCCUCCAGACACCAGUCCAGCCAGCAGCCCCUGACCCCUGACGGAGCGCUGCCCCCCAGCCCUCACCACUCCCCCUACUCCCCCCAGAGGAGCAGCCCUGGGGGUGGGGGAGUAGGGGGAGAAGGAGGCGGAGCUCUGCUCCAGCUGCUGGCAGGCGGCCCCGCCCCCCUCCCCUCCCCACGAUGCUCCAGCCUCAGUCUAAGGUUCAACUCUGAUCCCGACACUGCACCUUCUCCGCCCUGCAGCCAGCAGUACAUCCUGUCUCGAGGUCGCGGGGACAGGACGGAGGGAUCGGAGGACCAGUAUCUCGCCUCCAUCCCCUUCCUCACCAGACAGAUUCAGGCACUGAAGAAGAAAGUUCGCCGGUUUGAGGAUCAGUUCGAACAGGAAAUGAACUACAAGCCGUCGCACAACGACAAAUACUCGAACCCAGAGAUGAUCAGCGUGAUGAGUGAACUGGCCAAAGCACGUAAACAGCUCAAAGAGCUGAGACUCAGACAGUCGGUGUUUGAGUCAAAGGAGCAGGACGGUCCAGAAAACACAGACAUCUGCAGGUACGUCUCUGGGCAGCAGGGGGCGGGGGAGCACAAACCAACCGUGGAGGAAACGGUAGAGUCUCUGUUCAGACGCCUGAGAGAGAAGAGACGAGAUCUCGGUCUCCCUGACAACAUGGAGGAGAUGACCCAGGCUCAGAUGGUGCUGGAGAAGAUCACUCUGCAGAAGUGUCUGUUGUACUGUGAGAGUCUUCACGGUCGACCAGGAACCAGACAGGAGAAGAACCUGGUGAAGCCUCUGUACGACCGAUACCAGAUGAUCAAACGUUUGCUGUGCGCCAGCCCGCCCAUCGCCACCAUCGAGGAAGAGGACGGAUCUGACGAAGACUCCAUGAGUUCAGUGACAGUGGGCGAACUUCCUCUCCCACUUCCUCCCAGACCGACCCGGCCGGCGGUCGGCGAGGAGGACAGCGACCGGGACAGCGACCCGGCUUUCGUGUCCCCGAUAGACGAGGUGAAAUCCGUCCGUCAGCAACCUGUCGUCGCCACGGCGAACCUGCACGAACUCUCCAGGUAUCAGCUGCUGCAGAGUCUGCGGGAAACCAGAGCAGAGAAGAAGAGCAGGCGAAAAGCUCUGAGGGAGUUUGAGGAGCAGUUUUACCGUCAGACUGGAAGAAUCUGCCAGAAGGAAGAUCGCACUGCGAUGAAAGAAGAAUACCAGGAAUACAAACAGCUGAAAGCUAAACUCCGCCUGCUGGAAGUUCUGCUCAGCAAACAGGACGUCGGCAAAACGCUGUGAGGCGCCGGACGCUCGCCUCCGUCCCGACGCUGCUCGACCGGACGGCAUCAGUUCAUAAUGUGUCAGAAAGUUUCCUUGCUGUAAAGUGUACAACUGCACGGGUACAGUAACUGUGAACAUGUUCUUCUUCCAUUGCACACGUGGGAUUAGAGGACCAAAACAUUUUCAUAUGAGACAAAGUGUCUCUGAGUGUUUGUCUGACUGAAGCACUUUAAUAACUAGCGGAGUCGUGAGGACGAUCUACAAGAUGGAGGCAGGUUGUCGGUCAAAUGAGGAAGAAUCCAAUCACUGAACCUUCGUUCCAUACGAACAAACGACCACAAGCUGCAGUUUGGUUUCUUACAGUUGAGAAUAAAGCAGCAGUUUAAUGAGGAGAAUAAUAAUAAUCUGAGUCUCACUUUCUACUCAUUCUGGAGCUGAAGGCGGCCGGAGUCAAACCAAGUUAGUCGUCCUGAAAUAGUCGUGAGAUCAACUGUCCGACACAUUCUUUAUUAUUCUACUCACCAAGUCAGUGAAAUGAGGAAAUCUACAGCUGACUGGGAAAAUCAAAGAAUGAACUUUCAAUGUGUUUGACACGUACAGUAAACGUACAGUAACCCUGAGGAACCUGACGUGAUCCAGAGCUGCUGUGCUUCAGUGUCCAGUUGAAAUCUGGACCGGAAGCGUUUGUGGAUGAAGAUGCAAAAGUUCAUGUACUGUGAGUCCAGAGUAAUGUGGAGGGAUGCAUCUGUAUUUAUAUCAUUAUGUUGAAAAAGAGAAUUUAUUUUUGUCCAAAGAUAAUAUGCAACAUGGUCUGAAUUUAAAGAUCUUUGUUUGUCCUGUGAUUUUCAGAUCUGUGACGGAAAAUCUGCUCCUGCAAAAAAAGUCAACUGAAUGUCGGAUUUGUAGAAAAGGGCUCAACAACUAAACACCGAAAAAUAUUACAAACACGAGUCACAGCAGCUGAAGAUGAGCUGAGCGUGAUCGUACCGAAGGGACAGUACGUGUUUCAUCAAAUGAAUGAAAACGUGUUGGAGCCGUUUUUACGAUGUAACUUCAAAGUCACAUGAACAAAAUGUGAAAAACAGAGAGAAAUAUUUAGUUCUAUAUAAUUAAAAAAAAUAUAUAUAUAUAUUAUUUUACCUAAAACUCAAACCAGUGGAGCUUGUGUCAAUCAUGUCGCUGCGUCUCCAGAUGUUUCCUGAACUGCUGAAUGUGAUUCGCUGUAGAUGUGAUGAUGACUCAUACUGUGAUGAAGAAAUUGUCUGUGUUGUGUAAUUCUGGCUUGCCUGAUACAUUUCUACACAAAGUUAAAAUAAAUAUUUUUGCUAAUAACACAAAAGUUUGUCUUUUUACAGAAGAUACAUUUUCAUAUUAGAAUAUUUAAAGUUUAUUUUCCAUCAUUUAUUUCUCUGAAUAAACAGUUGAAUAGUUAA